AGCAACAGUAGAUUUAAUUUCAAUUUUAAAUCUUCUCGAUUCGCAAUAAACACAAAUUUAUUGAUCGGGUAAUAAAGUUAGAACUACAAAUGUAAACAAAGUGUGAUCUUGAGCUUUGAGUUACUAUCGAGUUCAUUAAAUAUUCAAAAUAUUAUACCUUAAAACGUACAAAUCAGAAAGACAAUGAAAUAUUGCAGGGAAAUGUUUCUAAAGUGUCCCCCGCCCGAUAGCGUUUCAGAGUCUCAACUUCUGGAGAACACUCCAAAAGCUAUCGAUGACGAUGGAAUACAGAAAAAAGGCAAAAAAUCGAGGCGCAGGGAAAAGCUGCACAAAAACGCUUCUCUGGAUGACUCCUUAAAUUGGGUGACAGAAAGCGAGGAAAGCUCGGAUGAAUGUCUUACACCCAGGAGACGAAGGAGGAAGAUACGUGCUGAAGAAAAAAACAUUCAAUUUGCCGUUAUGAAAUUGAUUUUCGAAGCGCAAUCGCAAGAAGUUAAAGAUGUUAUAAACGACUUGUACAAGUUACAUUUAAAGCAGAAAAGAGCUGCAAUGCGUAAGUUAAGACUUCGUAUUUUAACUAAGAAACAAAGAAGACAUCAUCUUAAGUCUAAAAAGAACGUCAAAAAGGUUCUCCCCGGUUACCUUCACACAACUAACGUGGGCUUUUCAUGCAACAUUAAAAUCCUAGCGAGCUUACAACGUCGCCGACGUAAUCGCGGUAAGCCUCGCUCCAAGAGAAAUUCACAUAAGAAAUUCCCAAGACGUAGACGCCGUUCCAAUGCCAAGAAAGGAAACAGACAAGGUCGAAAACGCUACCUUCGAGCUCAACGACUCUUUGACAAAGGUAUUUUCCUCGCCGGACGCAAGCUGCUUGACGAAGUCUGGCAGGCUGUUAAGGAUCCAAACACUACUUCGACUAGUUUUUGCAACAACAACACUCACGGUCUAAGCAAGAUCCAUAAGAAACAAAUCGAACUAUACGAAAGAAUUGAGGAUGAUUUGCAUCGUUUAGAUGCAGCUCGACAAGAAAGACAAGAAGCUGCGCUUGAAAGGAAAGCUAAAGAGCUAGAAAAGGAAACAACGAAAGGAGGCUUUAAAAAUAAAAUAGAAGCUAGGGAGGCUGCUCGCGCCGAACAGUGUUCAUUGAGAAAGCAACGCAAAGAAGCUCGCAAGCAACGAGCCCUGGAAAAGAAGUCACAAAGAGAACAAACCAAAUAUGAAGAGUUCCUUAAACCUACGAAAUACGAGAUGACACAAAAGUUUAAUAAUGAAGGAAAAGCUUAGUUAAGUUUUCGAAAUUAGAUUUCCCUCGAAGUUAUUUAUAUAAAGGUGCUAAUUGUUUUUUUGUUUGUUUUUAGUAAUAAGUUCAUUUAAGAGUACGUACUUUUCUUGUGUUCAAAGAAUAAAAUAUUCUCAUGUUUAAAAAUCGUGUUUUCAAUAUGGAUUUGAUAUUCAUUUGAUAUUGAUUAUUAAAAUUAAUGUCUGUUCUCCUAGAACAGCACUUUAUGUGCAGGCGAAUGGCUUGAUUCAAAUGUAUUUUUUCUCUAAACUUGAAGUCUUGAAUAAAUGCCAUUAAUAAUAAAUUAAU